UGAAUGACUGGCUCAUAUUAAGCCGCACAACGUCUUCAUGGAGUCUGCUGAGUGUGUUCCAUCGGCUCUGGGGCGCUUACCUUUCAAUAACACCGUACUGAAAAAACUACCAAUAGAUGACUCGGACCAACCCGGGUCUCGGGUGGUGCCAGAGGCUUGUUUCUCCCGAAUUCGGGCUCUCCAACCGCUGGUCCGACCUGUUUUUGUGGCACUAUCCCAGCCAGCACUCUCUCUACUGGGCCUGAGUGCGCAUGAGGUGCUCAGCGAUCCUCUGGGUCCGGAGUAUAUGAGCGGCUCCAGGCUGUUCCCGGGCUCCGAACCAGCAGCGCACUGCUACAGCGGGCACCAGUUCGGGCUGUUUGCGGGUCAGCUCGGAGAUGGGGCUGUGAUGUAUCUCGGGGAAGUGGAGUCUUGUGCACACGGGAGAUGGGAGAUUCAGGUGAAAGGCGCAGGAGUCACACCUUACUCCAGAGACGGCGAUGGCAGGAAGGUGCUGCGCUCUAGCAUCAGAGAGUUCCUUUGCAGCGAGGCCAUGGCUGCCUUAGGGAUACCCAGCACUCGUGCAGCAUCCCUUGUCACCUCUGACCUUUAUGUCAGCAGAGAUCCACUCAACAAUGGCCAACGCAUUCUCGAGCGCUGCUCGGUUGUCCUUCGUGUCGCUCCUACAUUCAUCAGGUUUGGCUCUUUUGAAAUCUUUCUGGGCCGAGAUGAAUUCUCAGGUCUGCAGGGUCCCAGUGCCGGGCGGGAUGAUAUCCGUGCUCAGCUGCUGGAUUAUAUUGGUGACACUUUUUAUCCUCAAAUUCAGCAGGCUCACAGCAUCCGGAAAGACAGGAAUUUGGCGUUUUUCAGAGAGGUGAUGACUCGAACUGCUAGGCUAGUGGCCCAGUGGCAGUGUGUUGGCUUUUGCCAUGGUGUCCUUAAUACAGACAACAUGAGCAUCCUGGGUCUUACCCUGGACUAUGGCCCCUUUGGCUUCAUGGAGAGAUUUGAUCCAGACUUUGUCAGCAAUGCCUCAGACAAAAAGAGGCGCUACUCGUACCAAGCACAGCCAUCUGUGUGCCGCUGGAACCUGGCUCGCCUAGCUGAGGCGUUGGGCUCUGAGCUUGAUCCAGCAGAGGCAGGAGCCGUCCUGGAUGAAUUCAUGCCCACGUAUGAGGCGUUCUACCUAUCUAUCAUGAGGAAAAAGCUGGGCCUUGUAAGAAUACAAGAGGCAGAGGACCGAGAGCUUGUAUCAGAUCUGUUGCGUGUCAUGCACAACACAGGUGCCGAUUUCACAAACACCUUCCACUUGCUGAGUCGUGUCCCCUGGCCUGAAGAGGGCGAUAGUGAAAGAGCCACUGUGGGCUCAGUGGUGGACCUCAUCCUAGAGCAGUGUGCCUCUAUUGAGGAGCUAAAGCAAUUUGGGAGCCAAUCUUACCAAGAUAAUAUUGAACUGGCAAUGAUCCUGUCUCUGGCACAAACCAAUCCACUCAUGUUUGGGAUGGUGGCAGACAGCCCAGGUAUGACCCAACAGCUUGAAUUAUUGGGCCGACUCAAGGAGCUCGUCGAGACCAACGAAGAUGACCUUAAAAGGAAGCAACGUGAUGACUGGAUCCACUGGAUUGGUCGAUACAGGUAUGAAAAGAAAGCCAGAAUUUUUUUAAUGGCUUCUACAAAAGCGGCUGGUGCAGCACAUUAAUUGAAAAGCUGAUUUGGUCCCUAGAUCCUCCAAUCUGCAAGAGCACUUGAGCACAGCACAUGCACAAUCAAUCACAAGCACAAGGUACUUGUGAUUGAUUGUGUUGCACUUUGAUUUGUUGGAAUAGCAUCGCUGACGAAUGUUUGCCAGAAAAACUGAAAAGAAGAUGCAAAACAAAAGAACAAUUGUUGUAUUCUACAUCGGCGGUCCCCAACCUUUUUUGCACCAUGGACCGGUUUAUGUCCGACAAUAUUUUCACGGACCGGCCUUUAAGGUGUAGCGGAUAAAUACAACAAAAUAAAACCAGUAUAAAACCAAAAAAAAAGAAGAAGAUUUAUUCAUAACACACGGGAAAAGACCCAGGGAAACCGAGUUAACAAUAAAAACGAUAAAAAAAUAACGACAAAAACCGAUAAAAACCAUGACUUUCACACCUGAGCCUCAACUUUCGCUGACCGUUACCAAACGACUCACAGACCAGUACCGGUCCGUGGCCUGGGGGUUGGGGACUGCUGCUCUACAUAAGGGACAUCAAACUCAUUUUAUAUAGUGGGCAGCACACAUCUUCACACACCCCCGUUCUCUGUUAUCCAUUGGGGCGGAGGGGCUGGAAGGAGGUGUUGGCCGUCCGAUUGGGGUCUGGGAUGUGGGGCCUCCCUGCUGCUGCGGAGCUGGGGGCGGUCUGCUUGCCUCCACCCCAGAGGAAAGGGUAACACCUCCUGGGUCUCCUGGGUGCGGUUUCCCCCUCUGGGGGCGAGGGUACCUGGACCUGGGGUAUAGAGUAUGUUUGGGGAGUGUGAUUGUGUGUGCAGUGUGUAUUUGUGUCUGUCUUUACGUUGGGUGAGUGCCGAGUGUUUGUAUAUGUGUGCAUGAGGGUGGGAAUGCACGUUUGUGUCUGUGUGUGCCUGUUUGUCUGUGUCUAUAUGUCAGGUCGGGUCUCAGACUCCACCUCUCUGGGAACAUCUCAGGCCCUCCAAAGUAUGGAGGCCUAUCUCCCCUCACCACACUCCCUGCUGGUGGCUGAUGCCCUCAGGCGUUGGUGCGUUGGUGGUUCUUGGUGUCCGGGGCUGGCCGCUCAGGUAUGUACAGGCUGGACCUCCUCCAUGCCUGCUUCAUGCCCUGGGGGACGGGGCUAUGUCUCCCUACACCCUCUAGCAGAUUAUUACAUGGAGAAACCUUUUGAAUACAAGCGCGCUCAUCCACACAGGUGUGCACACAGGUGUGCACUGUUCAUAGGCACAAACUACACCUUUCUUGGCUGCUACCUCAAAGCACAUUGUGCUGUCGGUCCUGCGUGCUGCAAAACAACAUUCAAUAUUUAGUAUUUACUGUUAAUUACACUUAGCUAGAUUAAUGCGAUGGUGUUGUGUUUAUUAUGUUGCGCUCUUUUUUUGCAUGUUUUCUCUCUUUUUUUUCUCUCAACAGGUGAUCCGGGAGAUUUUUUUUCUUUUCAAGUGUCCUUUCUCACUGUCCCUCUUCCCCUCUGUUUUUCUUUUCCUUCAUCUUUCUUUCUCCCUUUCCUAUCCCCCAGACAUGUCUGUCUUGUUUGUGACAACUGAAAAUAAAAUAAAAUAAAAUAAAUAAUAACAACAAAGGUCGAUCAAGUGGACCAAUACAGCAAGGCCGUGAUGAUCCACUUGGUAAAGUAAAUCCGUUGGGUAUAUUUGUUGGCCUUCAGACAACAAUUCUGACGGCUAAAGAACCAAACGGGAUAAGCAGAAAACAAAAAAACAAACAAAAAAAUAAAAUAAAUAAAUAUAUAUAUAUAUAUUUUUUUUUUUUUUUCAUGGGACCAUGAAAGGAAGCUAAAGUACCGGAAAGAAGCCACGUAUGCACAAAACACCGCACCACAGUGCUGCCUAGCUAAAUAUCUGUUUAUGCUGAUUUACACAUUGUUUCAGAUUGUAUGAAUCAGCAGGAAUGUCUGUUUUACCCCCCAUCAUUUUUCUACCAUCUUGCUUUUUUAUGUGUUUAAAUCUCAGGAGGCGUUUAGGACGGGAGUGUGAUAGCACAAGAGACUUACCUGUUAUCAUAAAGGAGCGACUCAAAGUGAUGAACGGCAUCAACCCCCGUGUGGUCUUACGCAAUUACAUUGC